AUGAAAAAUUCCGAAAAUGAGAUUGCUGUAAACAUGUUCAAGUGUCAUUUCCUUAACUUUAAUGUGGAUUUCCCAUCGGUCACAGAAAUACUUAUUACACCUACAACACAAGUGGCUAUGGGCGCAGUCGAUAUUCAUUUUAAUGGAUUUUCUACUUCUCGUCUAAAUGUUGUGAUAAAUGGCACAACAUUUGAAAAUCUGCAAGUUCCUCUCUUCGCUCCCUGUCAUGUAAUGUUCAACGGCUCAUCUAACAACAGCGUCUUGUUUCUCCAUACGAACUUCACGAAUUGCGUAGGUAAGACCGGAGGAGCGAUGUUGAUUGAUUUCAAACAAGAAGCUACAAAUAACAAGGUGACCGUUAGCAGCAGCUCAUUUACCGACGUGUCUGCGUUUGUGGAAGGUGCGGCAAUCAGCGGAAACUAUCUAGAUAGCAACAAGAAUACCAUAAUACUUGAGUCCUGCCGGUUUUUUGCUGUGUUCACGGCAGAGGUGAUGCUAGAGGAAGCAGUUCUGUUCUUCUAUUCAAACAGACGUCCACCUCACGGCAAUAGAGCAUCCUCUUCAUAUGACGUAUUACUACAGAACUGCCAGUUUGGAAAAGAUGAGACGAAUGGCGGUCUCGUCAUUGCAAAAAGUGUUCGAAUCUUGUAUGAAUCAUCAAAGUGA